CGGCCAUUAUACUUGAGUUCUUAUUGAUGAGAGCAAAAAUGAUUUUGGUACAAUUUUUUGUAUUUGUAAGCUUAAUUUCAUUAAUAUCGGCUUUUAAAAGUAACUUCGACUUAAGUCCAUUGAAUUUGGACAUUAAUUAUGAAGGAGAAGACAUCGAUGUUUCAAAUUUUUACCUUCAAUUUUUAUGUGGUGGUGAUUUUACAACGAGAAAUGUGAGUGAUGCGUGUACCAAUCAAAUGCAAGCUGUUUGUGACAAUCGAGAAAUAUUGCUGGAAAUGUCAGAUGCUUGGUCCAAACUACCAUACACAGGCAUGAUCAGAUCAACGAAACAAGAUUGGGGAAGUUUUGACCAAUGCAUCAACAUCGAUUAUCAACCUCCAAUUGGCCUUAGAGUUUUAGGCAAAUAUUGCCUCAACGGCAUAGCGAUUCCAACCGAAAUCAGACCAAAUUUAACCAUAAACGAUGUUUACUUGCUCUCAUACUGUGUUCCUGAUUCCUGCAGCGCAUCAGAUUUAGCAAAUUUAAUAUUCAACGCCAGUAGCCAAACGAUUAUUUCCAAUUUGAUCAACGACAUAUAUUGCAGUACAAAAGAAAGCGACAGUACUAUAGAUACUUCUGGGAUAAUAGUAGCCGUCAUAUUCUGUUUCCUGCUCCUAAUCUCAACCUUAGCCACAGCAUUGGAUGUCCUCUCACACACCGGCCAACUAAAAAUCAAACAUCCAAGCUUAACAGCCUUUUCAUUAUUCACCAAUGGAAGAAAGCUAUCUCAAAUCACUUACACCAAUGGAUCAAGUGAUCAAAUUUUAGUAAUACACGGCCUUAAAGUGAUCAGCAUGAUGUGGAUCAUGGCCGCACAUGCAGCCGGGGCUUUUGGUGUCCUACCUAUUUUCAAUGAGGAUGAAGGGAAACAGUUUCAAACUAAAUCUUAUUCAGUAUAUUUACAAGCGGCUUAUCUAGGCGUGGACACUUUCUUUUUUAUUUCCGGAUUUUUGCUGGCCUUUCAAUAUUUCAAAGGCCCAGCCAAAAAGCCUUUGAUUGUCCAAGUUGCCUCGCUACCUGGAAUUGCUUUGCAUCGGUAUUUAAGAGUCACUCCAGUUGUAUUGAUGUUUUACCUUUUUACAACAUUUUUAAUGAAAUAUAUUGGAAGUGGUCCUUUGAAGCCAGCUAUAAGUACUUACUAUACUGAACCCUGCAAAGAAAAUUGGUGGGCCGUAUUUCUCUAUAUCCAAAACUACUAUAAUCCAACUGAUUUGUGUUGGACUCAUUUAUGGUACCUUUCGGCCGAUUGGCAAUUGUUCCUAAUAGGCCUGGUUAUCAUGGUCGCAAUGGCUUGGCAAUUGAAACGAAAUUUCAAACAUUUGAUGAUGGGGAUGGCGGUUCUCAAUGGGCUAUUUUUACUGUUGCCCAUUUAUUCUAAACUACAAUUUCCAGAUUUUGAUGAAAUGAACGAAGAAUAUGAUACCCAUUCGAAAUUAGUAACAUAUUUCAUGGGUGUUACGUUGGGAUGUUAUUUGAGAACCCAAAAGGACAAACCUUAUUUUUUCAGAAAAGGUUGGAACAUAUCAAUGUGGUUAUUAUCCCUAAUAACCCUUUUCGCUUGCACCAUCGUUUUAAACGAAGUAAAAAUACAAACCGAUUCCCAAUUGUCUAGAGCCCUUUUGGUAUUGGUCAAGCCCUUUUGGUGCUUGGGUUUAGGAUUUAUUCUGUAUUCUUGCAGUCACGGUUAUGGAGGGGUUGUCAAUUGGUGUUUAACCGCUGGGUGGAUGCAGGUGGUCAGCAGGCUUACUUUUUGCAUGUACAUUUUGCAUUUGCCAGUGAUAAUGUUGUGGGUGGUAUCGAAAAGAGGCAGGGACCAUUUUAGCGAUUAUACUAUGUUUUACUAUUUUUGUGGCCAUUUGAUAGUCACAAUGAUCGUAUCAGCGAUUUGGACUUUGAUGUUUGAAUCGCCUUUCAUUGCCAUUGAGAGACUGGUUUUUGGAGGAUCGAGAAAACCGAGACAAAAUAGAGAGUUGGGCAACAGCGCAGGUAUUCCACCACCUCCACCACUGGAACCAGGAUCAGAAAAAAUAACAAUCGUCCAUAAACAACCAUAUUAAGUGACGAAUAAAAUUAAUUUUGAUUA